AUGCGGCGUGUGCAGAGGAAUGCUGAGAAAGACCCUUCGGUGGUAGAGCAGUUCACGAUUAUCACCGGACGAGGGAGACACAGCCGGCAAGCCUUCGAACCGGUGCUGAGGCCAGUGGCGCAAGACAUGCUCCUGGAGGAGUUCGAACCUCCCUUGCCGACGCACUUCGACCCCACCAACGACGGCCGCUUGCAGGUGCGAAAGGAGGACAUUCUUGCUUGGUGCUCGCGGGAGUCCGAAAAGGGCAGACGUGCACCCGCACCGGCCGAUGACGUGGGGUCUCUCAAGCUCCGCGGCGUGGCAGACCUAAAGCUGGCGUACGACAGGGCCGUCUACGAAGCAGCAGCAGCGACGACCCCAGGGGAUGGAGUGGAGGGUAAACAGGCGGGGUGGUCUGGGGUUGGGUGGAGCCGAAACGCCAACGAGAGCGAGAUGGUGUGA